AUGUCUUUCACCUGCGAGAUGAAUGGCUUCAAAGACUUGACCGUAAACUUUAUCCCUGGUGCCAAGCCAGAGCUCGUGUGCUUUGCCGGUGACGACGAGGUCGAAAGAGUGGAUCUGCAGUCCAUGAAGACUGCGGAGCUUCAUCAGCUCAUGAAAGACAGAGGGGCGACAUGUUUGGAGCGUGAUGAUAUCCAAUACCUGGCAACAGCAAGCAGCAAUCGCUUCGAAAAGCGCCUGCACAAAAGCGGUUUGGAUUGGAAGAGCCGGGGAGGCAGGGACAGCUUGGCAAAAGAGCCGAUCUCUAUGGGAUGUUCUGGCUCGAGUGGCAAGCAGAAAGUUGAGGUUCCCGCAGAGCGCCGUCGACUCUCCGUCGGUAUUGUGGAGAAUGAGGAGGCUGCAGAAGAGAUCGACGUCAGAGAAGAGGACCGGGGCCUCCUCUCCGCACUGGACAACGAGACGGUGCUCCAGUUGCUGGAGGGGAAAAAUAUCAAAGCCGGCCGCAGGAUGAGCAUAGGCACUGCCUUAGAUGCUGGGAAGGAAGCCUUUGCGAACAAGGCCAUCCAGCAGUUGGGGGAUGCCAUUGAGCCGGCGCGAGUCCCGAGACGACUUGUCAGAGUCAGUUCCAUUUUAGCAUCGCUGCACCGAGGCCGCCGCACAUUUAGGAUACACCUGCAGUGGCCUCGGCCGUCUCCGACAUUCAGGCUUUUAGCCGGUUGCUGUGCCCGGUCUGCCCGUGCAGCCAGAGUGUGCCCUUGA